AUGAAUCCAUCCCCUCUAGGCCCCCCUGCUCAGGGCCUCAUAUUUGUUGCACCUCCCAGAGGUCGCUAUCCUGCCCACCAGGUCCGAGCUUUCGACGACACUGUAGCAACCUAUAUACCAGGAGGUUAUGAUGUCCUGCUAGGACAAGAUUUUAGGUCUCUUCCAAACUUUAUACCGUAUCAGGGCCCCCGCCCUCACAUUGCUCCAGACCCGUUCCACAGGCCUCCAAGGACUACCUCUGCACAGCCAAUGCCACUUGAAGGUGCCAGGCAGUGCCAGACUCCACCUCUCAUGAAUGUUGAGCCACGUUCGAGUCCUUCCACUAAGUCAGGAAUGGCCGUAGUGCCAGUGCCAAGGCCAGACUUGAGUCUUCCUCCUGGAGCCCUAAGUCCCGGUCACUCUCCCUCCGCUGGCUUGGCCCAACUACCCAUGCUGGCAGUCAAGGAAGAGCCAAUUCCAAUAGGAAUCCUCCAGGACACCCAUGACCAUAGUGGACACUCCACCAAUGGUGUGGCCUCGCAGACCGCCCCAGAGUUGGUCCUCCCCACGGGUAAGCCCAUCCCGAAUACCAUUACCUCAUCCAAUCCCCCUCCAUCAGCAGCUAACCGGUCCCGGAAGCCAACCCUUCAAAAGGAUUGGGAAUCAGCAGCCAGCCCUCAGAAGAGCGCCAGACCUGCGACAGCCAUAAAUCGAUUCCAUACUAUUUUUGCCGCUUCCUCAGCCAAGUUGCUACCCCCUAAAUGCUACACGAAAAAUUAUCACUUGCUCGAUGUUAUCAAUGCUUGCUAA